GUAUUUUUCAUACACACAACUCCUAAUUAGCUCAAAUUACAAUUAAUCAUGUCCAUGAAUACGAGCUCAUUAGUUUUAACAAAACCAUCAAAUUUCUUUAAUCUUCGUAUAAUUCCCGAUAACUCGUUGAACAAUCAAUCUUUUUUGGGUUGUUCAAGGUCAAGAUUUCAUUAUAAUCCUAGCUCCUCAAGACUAAGUCUAAGGAACCGCAAAUUAAGUGUUAGCUGCAGUUCAAGUCCCAAGCCUUGUGAAUUUCCUUGCCAUAAAGAAGGGAUAGCAGGAGCAGUCCAAGCAUUCUUUUGGAACAUAUUGGUGUUUUGGGUAUUAUGGAAAAGUCUGCCCAAGAAAGAAACCAAAUCCAUUAGCAAAUAAAUUGAAUUCCGGACUAAUAGCAACUAGCAAGCAUUUUGCAGUUGGCAAAUGUUGGCACUUAUUUAAUUAGCUUUAAAUUUAAUGCCUUUUUGUAUUUUUGUAAUAGAGUUGUGUUAGUUAUUUGACUCAUUGUAUUUCCUAAAUUUGCUGUAUCUAAAAUAAAUAAAUUUAUGUGUCAUAAUGUAUGGAAAUAAAAAAAACUUAAUUUUG